AUCUUCUGGGCAUCUCGUCCAUUUUCGGUGGUUUAGAGACGUACUGAAGCUGACACGUCAGCAAGUGCAUCGAAAAUUUGGUGGGAUCAAAACAUAAGAUCCCUCCUUCACCCACUUCUGCCUUCCCUGUCGCCGAUUCUCUCCUCCUCUAUCUUCCUUCUCGUCUCUUUCUCUCUCUGCAAGCGGCCAUCGCCGACGAGGUACCGCUUCCCGUUGAUCCAUCACCAUGGCUACUGCUUCAGCGGCUUUCAAAUCCAGAGAGGAUCACCGCAAGCAAUUGGAAUUGGAGGAAGCACGAAAAGCCGGGCUUGCUCCAGCCGAGGUUGAUGAAGAUGGGAAAGAAAUUAACCCCCAUAUUCCCCAGUAUAUGUCAUCUGCACCUUGGUAUCUUAAUGCUGAGAGACCGAGUUUGAAACAUCAAAGGAAAUGGAAGUCUGAUCCAAAUUACACAAAAUCAUGGUAUGAUAGAGGCGCGAAGAUAUUUCAGGCUGAUAAGUACCGAAAGGGAGCUUGUGAAAAUUGUGGUGCAAUGACACAUGAUGCAAAAUCGUGCAUGGACAGACCUCGGCAAAAGGGAGCAAAGUGGACGAACAUGCACAUUGCACCAGAUGAGAAGAUAGAGACAUUCGAGCUUGACUAUGAUGGCAAACGAGACCGAUGGAAUGGAUAUGAUGCAACAACUUAUGCUCGUGUCAUUGAGAGAUAUGAAGCGAGAGACGAGGCCAGAAGAAAGUACCUGAAAGAACAGCAGCUUAAGAAAUUAGAGGAGAAAAACAAUAAGCAGGAUGGUGAAGGCGAGGUCAGUGAUGAGGAUGAGGAGGAGGAGGAGGACGAUGAUGAUGAUUUGAAGGUUGAUGAGGCCAAGGUGGAUGAAAGCAAGCAGAUGGACUUUGCUAAGGUGGAGAAACGUGUCCGUACAACCGGUGGUGGAAGUACAGGAACUGUCAGAAAUCUGCGUAUUCGGGAGGACAUUGCCAAAUACCUAUUGAAUCUUGAUGUCAAUUCUGCAUAUUAUGAUCCUAAGACUCGGUCCAUGCGUGAAGAUCCUCUUCCUGAUGCUGAUCCAAAUGAGAAAUUCUAUUUAGGUGAUAAUCAAUAUAGACUGAGUGGUCAAGCUAUGGAGUUCAAGCAACUCAAUCUUCAUGCUUGGGAAGCUUUUGACAAGGGCCAAGACAUCCACAUGCAAGCUGCUCCUUCUCAAGCUGAAUUGCUAUAUAAGAAUUACAAGGUUAUCAAGGAGAAGUUAAAGUCGAAGGUGAAGGACACCAUUAUGGAGAAGUACGGGAAUGCUGCCAGUGAAGAGGAAUUGCCAAGGGAGCUCCUUCUGGGUCAAAGUGAAAGGGAAGUGGAAUAUGAUCGUGCUGGCAGAGUUAUUAAGGGCAUGGAGAUGGCUCUUCCUAAAAGCAAGUAUGAAGAAGAUCUUUUCAUCAACAACCACACGACGGUUUGGGGAUCAUGGUGGAAGGAUCAUCAAUGGGGCUACAAGUGCUGCCAACAGACAAUCCGCAACAGUUACUGCACUGGUAGUGCUGGAAUUGAGGCUGCUGAAGCUGCGGCAGAUCUGAUGAAGACUAAUAUAGCCCGUAAAGCAGCAAAUGACGAGACGCCUGCUCCAGCAGAAGAGAAAAACCUUGCAACCUGGGGUAGUGAGGUGCCUGAUGACCUGGUGAUUGAUGAAAAAUUACUCAGAGAGGCCCUGAAGAAGGAGGAUGAACGAAGGAGAGAAGAAAGGGAUGAGAGAAAGCGCAAGUAUAAUGUCAGAUAUAAUGAUGAGGUCACCGCGGAGGAGAUGGAGGCGUACCGGAUGAAGAGGGUACACCAUGACGAUCCUAUGAAGGAUUUUCUGCACUAGAGUCCUGUCACUCUUAUGGUUUAAAAUCAAUGUUGGGCAUCCCAUAUGAAGGGUUAGUUUGUAUAUGCCUCAUAUGGCAGUAGGCGGUAAAGCUUAUAUGGCUUUCCGUGCUUCUAGAACGCAAAUGCCACCUCUCAGGGUUUUGAUUGUAUUAUAUAGUUUCCUGUUCUAGAUUACCACCAAGGGCAGAACAAUACAAUCUGCAGUUGUAAGGAUCCGGUACUGUUUUUGACAUGUUCCGACUCAUCUUUAUGUAUUCGGGUUCAUUCGUGAAGGUUUA